GAUCUAGAAUCUACUUCCUUUCGGUACUUUUGAAUAAGGAAUAUAUCUACAGCUGGACUUAUCGAAGUAGACUUAGAGAACGGCGUAACAAUCUUUGAGGUCACCGAAUGUUUAGGAGUUGAGGGACUGAGUUUUACUACCCACUGUUUAACCAUAGCACAGCACAGGAUACACAAGGAAAGAUGGACGAUACAAGUAUUGGUCUUAGCAUAGGAUUCACGUCCAUUCUACUUCUCCUGCUUCAUCUGAUCUUCAAACUAUGGACAGGAUGCCCUGUCAAAAGGGCCCCUCCUAAUGUCGUCUGUCUGUAUCAGGUUGGACGUGGGCCCUGGGCCCCCAGUAUGUCGCCCUUUCCUUUAAAACUGGAGACUUUCCUCAGGAUGGCUAAGAUCCCGUACAUGAACGACCACACAGGACAAAUGUCAACAAAGGGCAAGACUCCGUGGAUGACGUACAACGAAUUAACCAUCGCAGACUCUCAGUUCUGUAUCGAAUUCCUCAAACAAGAACGUGGACUAGAUUUUGACGCGCAUUUAACUAAAGAAGAAAAGGCAGUGGCGAGGGCAUUUCGGGAACUUACAGAAGAAAAUUUGUAUUGGACCAUGUGCUAUGAAACAUUCAUCAAAAACCCCCAGAGAAUGGAUAUUCUACUCCGAGACAACUUCCCACGAUACAUGACACGUGCAUUCAAGCGUCUGAUGGGUAGAAUAAAACGGGAGCUUCGCGGUCAGGGCAUAGGACGUCACACGGACAGCGAGAUCUGGGAUAUUGGCAGGAGGGACCUCACGGCGCUGUCUGAGUUUUUGGGAAGCAAACAGUUCUUCUUUGGAGAUUCACCUUGUGAAGCUGAUUGUGCCAUCUUCGGUAUGCUGGCUAUGGCUGUCUGGCAGAUGAAGGGCUCUAGACACGAAAGUUUGAUCUAUGAGAAACUGCCGAACUUGGUGUCAUACUGUGAGAGAAUGAAAGAGAAGUUCUGGCCAGACUGGGCCCAGAGGUGUAGAGGCAGGGACUAUGUGCGUGAUGACGAUUUGGUUUACACUUUGAACCAACCUGAACACUUGGAUGAAAGAAUCAGUCCAGAGUUAGCUAAACAAACUGCACAACAAGCAAAUUUUUUUUUCAAGGGCCGUCACACACUAGUUGGUGACUACAACUCUAGGGGGAGAGGAUGGUCUGAGUUUUACUACCCACUGUUUAACCAUAGCACAGCACAGAAUACACAAGGAAAGAUGGACAAUACUAGCCUUGGUCUUAGCAUAGGAUUCACGUCCAUUCUACUUCUCCUGCUUUAUCUGAUCUUCAAACAAUGGACCACAUGCCCUGUCAAAAGGGCCCCUCCAAAUGUUGUCUGUCUGUAUCAAGUUGGACGUGGGCCCUGGGCCCCCAGUAUAUCGCCCUUUCCCUUAAAGCUCGAGACGUUUCUCAGGAUGGCUAAGAUCCCGUACAUGAACGACCACACAGGACAAAUGUCAACAAAGGGCAAGACUCCGUGGAUGACGUACAACGAAUUAACCAUCGCAGACUCUCAGUUCUGUAUCGAAUUCCUCAAACAAGAACGUGGACUAGAUUUUGACGCGCAUUUAACUAAAGAAGAAAAGGCGUUGGCGAGGGCAUUUCGGGAACUUACAGAAGAGAAUUUGUAUUGGACCAUGUGCUAUGAAACAUUCAUCAAAAACCCCCAGAGCCUGGAUAUUUUACUCCAAGACAUUUUCCCACGAUACAAGACAAUUUUAUUCAAGCGUCUGAUGGGCAGAAUAAUAAAGCAGGAGCUGCGCGGCCAGGGCAUAGGACGUCACACGGACAGCGAGAUCUGGGAUAUUGGCAGGAGGGACCUCACGGCGCUGUCUGAGUUUUUGGGAAGCAAACAGUUCUUCUUUGGAGAUUCACCUUGUGAAGCUGAUUGUGCCAUCUUCGGUAUGCUGGCUAUGGCUGUCUGGCAGAUGAAAGGAUCUAGACACGAAAGUUUGAUCUAUGAGAAACUGCCGAACUUGGUGUCAUACUGUGAGAGAAUGAAAGAGAAGUUUUGGCCUGAUUGGGCCCAGAGGUGUAGAGGCAGGGACUAUGUGCCUGACGACAAUCUGGUUUACACGUUGAACCAACCUGGGCACUUGGAUCAAAGAAUCAGUCCAGAGUUAGCCAAACAAGCAACGAGUCCCUCUAUGAAGAUACCUCCAAAUGUUGUAUGUCUUCAUCAGUUAGGACGCGGACCUCUUGCUCCCACCAUAUCACCUUUUGUUUUAAAGCUGGAGACUUUCCUCAGGAUGGCUAAAAUACCGUACAUGAACGAUCACUCGAGAAAAAUGUCAACAAAAGGCAAGACUCCGUGGAUCACGUACAAUGGAUUAGAUGUCGCAGACUCUCAGUUCUGUAUCGAAUUCCUCAAACAAGAACUUGGACUAGAUUUUGACGCGCAUUUAACUAAAGAAGAAAAGGCAACAGCGAGAGCCUUUCGGGAACUUACAGAAGAGAAUUUGUUUUGGUGGGAUACAGUUUUCAAAGACACUCUUGCUCGUUAUCAGAUAAUUUUAUUCAAGUGGCGCAUGCGCAGAAUCAUAAAACAGGAGCUGCACGGCCAGGGCAUAGGACGUCACACGGACAGCGAGAUCUGGGAUAUUGGCAGGAGGGACAUCACGGCGCUGUCUGAGUUUUUGGGAAGCAAACAGUUUUUCUUUGGAGAUAGACCUUGUGAAGCUGAUUGUUCUUUCUUUGCCAUGCUGGCUAUGGUUCUUCAUCAGAUGAAAGGAUCUAGACAUGAACGUUUGAUUUGUGAUCUCUGCCAUUUGCGCAUGGUUAUUAACUACACUCUUAUUUCAGAGAAACUUCCGAACUUGGUUUCAUACUGUGAGAGAAUGAAAGAGAAGUUUUGGCCAGACUGGGCCCAGAGGUGUAGAGGCAAGGACUAUGUGCCUGAUGACAAUGUAGUUUACAAACCAAAAUAG